AUGGAGGAAGAUGGCACAAACAACCAGCUCCUACGACCCCUAUCGCAACCCGCGUUGAACUCACGAUUUCCUUCGCUACGACGUUUAAACUCGACCGAGCCUUACAGACACCGUUCACUACCUGCCGAACCCUCACCUGGCUCCGACCGCGCCAGCAGUGAGAUUACCUUCGCUGUCCUUUAUGACGAUGGCCCAGACUAUCAUGUUGGCCGCUAUGACGAUCAAGGAUCCAUGCGAUCCGCUCCCAGAGAUUCCCUAGCUUCCUAUGCUCCCUCCUUCCGCACGAGAGACUCGAGGAUCGUGAGCGACGACCACUACCUCAACCGUGACCAAGACUUUGUUGCCAACCAGAGACUGCUGGCAGAAGGCUAUCUGAACAACAACGAUUCACUCUAUGACCAAUCGGUUCCCCGAUACCCGACGCAAUCUGAAGAGACAUUGGCCAUGAACACGCUGCACAACUCAUACCCCCGAGAUGAAAAGAGACCACUUUCUCAGCAGAUGACUCCUCCAAUGGACCGGGCACAAAGUAAACACUCGCACGAGUCCUGGUGCACGUGUGAUGAAGAUCAUGGCCAUGGCAUGAUGGACAGGAAAGACCCAGCCAAGUUUGAUCUGGAGGCACAAAAUGGUCCCGCCACUCCUACGCCUUUCUUGCCAAAGGAGAAGAAGCCGGGCGGUGGUCCUGGACUGGGUGGCCCUGGUGGUCCUGGUGGUCCGGGUGGUCCUCCAAACGACGACCCCUUCCUGGUCAAAUUCAAUGGGCCCGAUGAUCAACUCAACCCCAAAAACUGGCCCUCGAACAAGAAGUGGGCAAUUACCAUGCUUACCGCGUCAUUCACAUUCCUCUCACCCCUAGCAUCGUCCAUGGUCGCCCCUGCUCUUGGGCAAAUUACCAAAGAAUUCGGCAUCCACAACACGAUUGAGUCGCAGAUCGUGCUGUCCAUCUUUGUCUUGGCUUAUGCGGUUGGUCCUAUGAUUCUUGGUCCCCUCUCUGAGCUGUACGGUCGUGUCAUCAUCCUUCAAUCCUCCAACGUAGUGUUCCUGGCAUUCAACACUGCCUGUGGCUUCGCUCAAACCAAGCAACAGCUGAUGGCUUUUCGAUUCUUGUCCGGUCUCGGCGGUUCAGCCCCCCUUGCGAUUGGUGGCGGUGUUCUGGGUGACUUGUUCAAACCAGAAGAACGUGGCAAGGCCAUGGGUAUCUACGCCAUGGGGCCCCUGCUCGGUCCUGCCGUUGGUCCCAUCGUGGGCGCCUGGGUUGCCGAAAAGUCCGACUGGAGGUGGAUGUUUUAUGCCACGUCGAUUGUCAACUCGUUCAUCCUCGUUGCCGGCUUCUGGAAACUAAGCGAAACCUACACUCCCUAUAUCUUGCACAAGAAGGCCAAGAUGAUCCGCAAACAGACUGGCGAUAAACGCUGGCACGCCGAUGGCGAGGGCGAGGUUGACCAGCCAGUCUGGAAGAAGAUCGUCAAGACAAUGGCUCGAUCAUUUGGAAUGUUGUUUAGCCAGCCUAUCGUGCAAGUGUUGGCUUUGUAUAUGGCCUUCUCAUACGGUAUUCUCUACCUUGCUCUUUCGACAUUCCCGGAACUCUACAUGAAAGUGUACGGCGAAAGCGUGGGUAUUGCCGGUCUCAACUACAUCUCUUUGGGCUUGGGCUUCUUCAUCGGCGCUCCUCUCUGUGGCAAGUCUGGUGACAAGAUCUACCGCAAACUAAAGGCAAGGGAUCCUCGAGGGCAAGGCAAGCCGGAAUAUCGAAUGCCGGUUGUCAUUCCGUUUUCCUUCUUCGUGCCAAUUGGUCUUUUGGUCUACGGAUGGUCCGCACAAGCUAGAACUCACUGGAUUGUGCCCAACAUUGGCUCAUUCAUCUUUGGUAUUGGAACCAUUGCCGCGUUCCAGUGCGUCACUACCUACCUGGUCGACACCUACGCCAGGUUUGCUGCCUCGGCCGUGGCUGCUGUCACGAUUCUGCGAUCUCUAGCCGGGUUUGGCUUCCCGCUGUUUGCACCAGCAAUGUACAAUGCCCUACAUUUUGGUUGGGGUAACACAGUGUUGGCCCUUGCCGCCUUUGGCAUUGGCAUUCCCGUCCCAAUCAUCUUGUGGCUCUUUGGCGAAAAAUUGAGGAAGAGAAGUAGUCUUGCCAUGAAAGGUCCUCCUCCAGGCAAGGGUGGCCCCGGAGGCCCUGGCGGACCAGGAGGAAAAGGUCCUGGUGGCCCCGGAGGUCCUGGAGGUCCAGGGGGUCCCGGUGGAAAGGGACCUGGAGGACCAGGCGGUCCGGGCGGUCCUAUGGGCAAGGGACCAGGUGGUCCUGGAGGUCCCGGUAAGCCUCCAGGCUACACGCAAUGA